AUGAUAAAUUUGAUUAACGUAGUGGAUUAUUUUUCAACAUUUUACGAAAGUUUUGUAAUUCUAGGAGAUUUUAAUGAAGUCUUUACACACAAUGAUAUGUCGAAAUUUAUGGAACAUUUAAAUUUAUCUAGUUUAAUAAAAACACCUACGUGUUUUAAAUCGGAUGAUGGAAGAUGCAUUGAUCUCAUUCUCACAAAUAAAAAUAGAUGCUUUCAAAAGAGCGGCUCUUUUGAAACUGGAGUCAGUGAUCAUCAUCAUCUGAUUUUCACAUUUUUUAAAUCGUCUCUUAUAAAAUGUUCACCUAAAUAUAUAAGAUAUAGAACUUUCAGAAAUUUUCAUCGCACAAAUUUUGAGUAUGACCUUUCAUCUGAGUUAUUAGCUAUUGAUCAAUCUAAUUUUAAUGCUUUUCACAACGUCUUCACAGACGUUCUAAAUAGACAUGCAUCGGCAACAAUUCGAGUAGUAAGAGGUAAUCAAAAGCCUCACAUUACUAGAAAUAUAAGGAAGGCCAUUAUGAAACGCUCUUACUACAAAAAUAAAGCUAACAAAUCAGGUGACUCUAAAUAUAUAAAACUUUAUAAAAAACAAAGAAACAUUAUUGUAAAUAUGAACAGAGCAGCAAAGAGAUCAUAUUUUCAUUCCCACGAGACCAAUUCCAAAGACUUUUGGAGCUCUUGUAAACCUUUUUUUUCGAACAAAUCUCGCGAUAGUGAAAAGAUUUCUUUGUUAGAUGAUGUUAAAAAUGAAUUCAUCUCUGAUGAAGGUGAAGUAGCGACAAUGUUUAAUAAAUAUUUCAUAGAUUUAAUAAGGAAACUUGAUUUAAAACCCUGGAAAUCCAAAGUGGCCUCUUCAGUAUCUCUAAAUGAACUUGAUUCUAUCCUUCUCCAUUAUGCUGAUCCUAAAUGCAAAAAAGGCAGUCAGUGGCCCAAUUCCAACGAGAAUAAUUCAGAUAUACUGAAACUAUCUGAAGUUAUUCCCGUUUUCAAAAAGGGUGACAAUUCUCGGAAAGAAAAUUACCGACCAAUUAGUAUUUUAAAUAGUUUUUCUAAAAUUUUGGAACGGCUUCUAUUUAAUCAGAUUUCUAGCUAUUUUCAACCAAUAUUUUCAUCUUUAUUAUGUGGUUUUAGAAGUAAAUAUAACACCCAAAAUGCUCUAUUUCGCUUAAUUGGUAAAUGGCAUCAGUGCUUAGAUAAGUCUGGGGUGGUGGGAACUGUCUUAAUGGACUUGUCAAAAGCAUUUGAUUCCAUAGAUCAUGGCCUUUUAAUCUCAAAAUUGGCUGCUUAUGGUUUUGAUAGAAAAAGUCUUUACCUUAUGAAAAGUUAUCUCUCUGGACGUUUUCAAAGAACCAAAAUCUGCAGUUCUUUUAGUGAGUGGCUCUCAAUUGUUUUCGGCGUUCCACAAGGUUCUAUUCUCGGUCCACUUCUGUUUAAUAUAUUUAUAAAUGACUUAUUAUUAUUUAUUGAAAAAACUGAUAUUUGCAACUUUGCUGACGAUAAUACAAUCUACACUUGUGGAUCUCAAGUAAAUGAAGUCAUUGCUGACCUUCAGCAUGACUUAAAUAACGUAUUAGCCUGGUUUGAAAACAACCAAUUGGUUGCUAAUCCAGCAAAGUUUCAGAUGAUGUUUUUAGCUUGUCCACACAGUAAUACUUUAUCGCUAAGAAUAAACAAUAACUUCCUAGUCUCAUCGGAAUCUGUAAAAUUAUUAGGCAUUACUAUUGAUAGAUGUCUCACUUUUAAUGAGCACAUCUCUAAUCUAUGUAAAAAAGGAAAUAGCAAUGUCAGAUGUGUUUACAGAAUAAGACGAUUUAUUAGUUUUGAACAAUCAAAGUUAUUGCUUAAUUCUAAUAUUUUAUCAAUAUUUACCUAUUGUCCCAUUAUAUGGAUGUAUUGCAGUGCUGUGCAGUAUAAAUUAAUCAUUUCAACACACAAACGUGCAUUGAGAGCUGUAACAAAAGACUAUCAUUCCAGUUAUCAAGACUUGUUGGUAAAUUGUAACUGUGUGCAAAUUCACGAACUGCAUUUACGUAUAAUCUGCAUAGAGAUUUAUAAAACAUUAACAGACGAAAAUCCGUCAUUUAUGCAGUCUUUUUACGCUAUAAGACGUAUAAGUUACAAUUUGCGCAGAAAAAAUAGUCUACUUUUACCAUCCACAAGUUCAACACGCUUUGGUACUAGAUCUUUUUUGUUUCGAAGUUGUUUGUUAUGGAACUCUUUGCCUGACAAAGUGAAGAGUUCUCUCUCCAUCAAGAGUUUUAAAAAGGAACUUAUCUCACUUAAUCUUUCAGAUCUCUGCACAUUUGGUACAAAUUAUGGAAGCCUAUACAAACAAAAAUAUUAUUUGCGUCAAAACAUGAUAUCGCCACCGGUUACUAUAACCGGAGGUAUCCAUCUUGCUGAUAAAACUGGUAUCCUACCGUGCUUCACUAGUCUCGGUAGUAAAAACAACGACGAAAAAAGCCCUAAUAUUGUCACUUCACUCUGCAAAAUGGUAAAAGAUAUUGCAUCUAUCUUAAAUAUUGAACGUGUCACUGUACCACCACAGAGGGGCGCAGUCUUUCAAUUUGCACAACUUACAUUGUCGUCCGAUCAAUAA